UAUUAAAAAAUCUCAUCGUUAGUUGUGCGACGCCGUUCUACUCAUUAUCGAUCGGUAAAUAAGGGUUUUGUUGAGCGACAUAGAGCAUCGAUAAAACCGCGAAAUUGCUCUGUGGCCGCCAGUUUGAUUACACACAAGUUUAUGUUCGCGUAAUUAUUGUUUUAUACCUAAAUUUAAUACGUCAUCGCACGGUGGAGUGAUAACACGUCGUGUGGGUGUGUAAACCGCCGCGCCUCCGCAGUACGACUUUUGGUUUACGCGGGAAUGAUCGCGCUUUGAGUGUUCCGAAAUCGAAUUUUCCCGCUCACAUUUAAGUUGUCAAGUGACAAUUGUUUUUUUUAUUAGAGUUGUGAUAUUUAUACCAAAAUGGAUGAUGGCAGCACAAUGCCAGUCAGGGAAGGCCCUAAGCGGCCGCUGGUCGGCGUUAUCGAUGAUGGCACCAAGACUGUUAGAUUUGUGAUAUAUGAAGCUGGGCGAUCAGAUGAGCUGGUGGCCUACCAGAUGGAUAAGACGGAGGUGCAGCCCCACGAAGGAUGGUCAGAACAGGAUCCUCUAGAAAUUAUUCACCACAUUAAGCUGUGUGCGGAGAAUGCCAUCGAUCAAUUGGUGGAAUUAGGAUAUACCAAAGACGAUAUCGUAGCGUUGGGCAUCACAAAUCAGAGAGAGACAACGAUAGCAUGGGAUAAAUAUACUGGCGAGCCGUUGCAUGCUGCUAUAGCAUGGAACGACAUCCGAACAGACAGCACCGUCGACGCGAUUCUUGCCAAAAUCCCCGACCGUAACAAGAAUUACUUUAAGAACAUUUGUGGACUGCCCAUAUCUCCUUAUUUCAGUGCUUUGAAGAUGCGUUGGUUGAAGGAUAAUGUUAAGGCCGUUAGGCGAGCUAGUAGGGAUAAGAGGCUGCUAUUUGGAACUGUUGAUACGUGGAUUGUUUGGAAUAUGACCGGUGGACCGCACGGUGGUCUUCACAUAACAGACGUCACAAACGCGUCUCGAACACUCCUUAUGAAUCUGGAAACAUUGAAUUGGGAUCCUAUACUGUGCAGGCUGUUCGGUAUCCAUCGGGACACACUGCCCACAAUUAGAAGCAGCUCAGAAAUAUACGGCACUGUCAAAGAUGGCUCUAUUAUCGACGGAAUCAGGAUAUCUGGCAUAUUAGGCAACCAGCAAUCAGCUCUCGUAGGCCAGAAUUGCCUUCAAGCUGGACAAGCAAAAAACACAUACCGCAGCGGUUGCUUCUUACUCUACAAUACUGGGACCCGACGUGUGCAGUCCACGCAUGGACUUAUUACCACCGUCGCGUAUAAGCUGGGACCUGAUACACCUGCUGUUUAUGCUUUAGAAGGUUCCAUAGCCGUAGCAGGUGGAGCAAUGAAGUUCCUCCGCGACAACCUCAGACUUAUAAAGGACGUUGUACAAGAUACAGAACAUAUUGCCGGCCAAGUGUUCUCUACUGGCGAUGUGUACUUUGUACCGGCUUUUAGUGGACUGUACGCGCCUUAUUGGAGGAAAGAUGCUCGAGGAAUAAUUUGCGGUCUGACUGCAUUUACAACUAAAAAUCACAUCAUCAGAUCUGCUUUGGAAGCUGUGUGCUUCCAGACAAGAGAUAUCUUAGAAGCCAUGAACAAAGACUGCGGCAUGCCCCUGGCGAAACUCCACGUGGACGGCCGGAUGACCUCGAAUGACCUUUUGAUGCAGCUACAAGCCGACCUCAUUGGUAUACCUGUGUUGCGUGCCCAAGCGUGGGACAUGUCGACGCUGGGCGUGGCCGUAGUGGCGGGCGGCGCCGUCGGCGUCUGGAGUACUGACAAGUGGAGGACUCACGCUACACUCAACGAUACCUUCCUGCCCACUACCACCGAUGAUGAUCGCGACGCAAGAUACACAAAAUGGAAGAUGGCGGUACAGCGGUCUCUCGGCUGGGCGACGACUAAAAAAUCGUUCACCAUGACAGGUCAGGCCAAACGAAAGUGUAGCAUGAUGACUCAACAAAGCAUAGACGUCCCAUCUCUACCGGACAGUAGGAAAAAUUCCCUUUUUGAAAACCACAAUAUAAACCUACUAGAUAUUAAAUCGGAUAAAAAUUUCGAUGAAGGCGUAAAUUCCUAUGUAGAAGAGCUAUUAAAGUAUUCGGCACGAAAAUUUUCAAUUUUCGUUCCCGUUAAAAAACGCGUCACCGAACAUACAAUCUUAGACGACGCUGAGUAUUUUAUGAACAAAAAGGAGUGCGAUUACGGCAUGUGUGAGUGCUGCCCUAUCGAGAAAAAGGUCCAAACUAAUUGGCAGUCAGUCGAGGAAAUCAUCGAAAAUGAUCCGGAAAUUAUUUUCGAUAGCGAUGAUAACCCUAUAAUGGUGGAGAGAGUUAGGACGGCUGAACCUGUGUUUCUAACUUCCGCGCUCACUAUGGGUGCCGCGAGUUUGUCAAAGAAAAUUAACUUUGAAAAACUCCCGGCUCUGUUCAAGACUAUUUACAAUAAAAUCUCCAGCCCUCUGACGUGAAUUGAUUCUUCACGGGUCUGUGUAGUUAUUGUUAUAAACUACUUUGGGGCUAGCAACGGCUUUUUGGCCUGGCUUGAUCUUCUAGCCGUAAUAAAGUUCCUAAUUAAACAUUAGGAUAAAGAUUUUCUUGAAUAUGCCAAUCGAAUGCAAAUUCUAGGUUAAAAUUAGCUCCAAAUGUCAAAUUGACGUACAACAACGAAUAUAUAUAGGGUGUUAUUGUUAUGUAGAUCAGUCUUAGGAUGUUGAUAAAUCUUGUUAUUAUUAAAAAUGUGAUAUUUUCGAAUUAUGUUUCAAAUUUUUAGGCGUUAUGUACUUAAAGCUAAAAGAGUACUAGAAUAGUUUAAAAUAUGAUGAAUUUGAAAUAACUUCGAUACUCUUAAAGCCAAAUUAUGUGUAUUUCUGAUCCCCAAGGUAUUAAAUAAAAGACAUUUUAGUGUAUAAAUAUUAUCCAUAGACUAGCCACAGAUUAUAAAUAUUUCAAUGGAUUGGGUCUAGUAUUUUUUUUAAAUCCAACUUUAUGUAGAAUUAUUUUAAUUUUCAUUUUUAAGAUCUUUUUUUAAGUAACAUUUUUUAAGCAUCAUUUUAGACUAUGCAAGCAACUUUGAACUCUAGUAUUUGAACAUCAGUAUAUAUUUUUUAUUAUCAAGUAUGGAAAUAAUGUAAUAAUUACUUUUUUACGAAUAAUAUGACCCUUUUCCAAAGAAGUGCAAUAGAAUUUUAGUUCUUUAUUUCGCUAGAAUAUUGUGUCGUCUAUUGUAAAUGUUACUAACAUUAAAAUAAGACUGGAUUAACUUGAAGAUUGAAUAAAAAUAUUUAUUUAUCCUCCUGGGUCUUUAAUUUCUUGGUUUUAUUCCUAUGCAUGAAGUUUUUGCAUGCACAUGAUAAUUAAUUACAUCGCAUGAUUCAUUAUUUAAUAAAAACAGUUAUUUUUUACUCAUUAUUUUUGCAUGAGUCAAAGUAAUUUUGUGGUAAGGGUUUGACUCAAAUACCUUCAGGAACCAUACUUAUUUUAUCACCA